AUGAGCAGUAUGAAACUGCGUGACAGCAUCCGCGCGCCAGUGCGAUACGGCGAUGACGACGACGAGACACCAUCGCGAAUCUCGCGGCGCCAUGGACAAGAUGGCUUCUUUGAUGACUCCGUGGAGCUUGGGGAAUCAGGAAGGCCACGCCCACAGAAGCGGUACAGGCCAAACACUGUGCCAUUCAACCCUAAUCUGCCACCAGCUGCAUUUCCCAGUUUGAGCAGACCACAUCCAGGUCGUGACUCCACCACCUCCGCGCAGAAUGCUGGCGUCGAAAACAGCCAACAGAACAUACAAAUUAAAGAUUUCGCAUUCGAUUCCCGCAAUGAGUUGUCGUCGUCGUCGUUGUCGUCGUCAACCAUUUCAUCGUCCAAGCCUGAGAUUGAAGGAAUUCCUAUGGACCAGCUCGAAAACCACCUCGCUAGUAACAACAUGGACAAUCCGGUCUAUGCGCGGAACGUCAAAAUGGCGCGCAAGACUCGUACGGGUGCCGCUCCGAGUUCCGAGGGUAUGGCUACCUCUCAGAAUAGUGACGACGAGUCACUUCCAGAUGCGACUCAGGUGCUCCUUGAUGCGAUGCCUAACCCCAAAUGGGAGGAUCUGCACCCAGCCAUGCGAGUUGAGAUUAUCGAAAACACAAUGAGAUACCACAGUUGGAGACGAGUUUGCGAGCUCCUUGGCCUCGGGCCACAAGAGCGACUGCAGCUCCAAUUUCUGAUAAGCAUUCGCAACAAACAUAUCGAACGGGAGAACAAAAGACUUGAAGAAAUGCGGCGUAAACAGCGCAAAGCACUCACGAGAAUCGAUAACAGCGACUUGAAGCUCUUCCAGCCGCCACCUCAACUGGUACUGAAAAGGAUCACCCGAGAGACGAAUCGGAAGCUGGUGCUCACCAAGUACACGGACCUCUUGAUGUGUCAAGCACACGAUGUCCUGAAAGCUAGACAGUACCUGCACCAGCACGGACUACCUCGAAGAUAUGCUGGCGAAUGGGGAGACAGCCUGGUGGUGAUGCGAGAAUCUGAGGGAAACUCACAAGAACCCGACAAGUUUGAAUGGAAAGACGACCUGAGAUUCACUCCGCCUGCUGAUGAGAUGGGGACCGCAACCAAUCCCAUUUCGGACCCAGUCAGUGACGCCAAGAGUGAAUUCAUUCAAAACAUUGGUCUGCACGGCACAAUGAAUCCAAACGAUUUAGUUCGACGCAGCACUGACCCGGAUCCCAUCAUUAACUGGGACAAGUAUUAUGAACGGAAACCGGACUUGUCGUGGGACGUUACAAAGCCCCGACUCGGUGGAAUGAUCAAAGUGAAUGUCGGUUCACAGAAAGCAGCGAAGAUCGAACAGUACGAGAAAACCGGUGUCAGACCUCAAGGAUUAACCCCUCUAAAACAAGUCAACAGCAUAACAGAGUCAUCUCCACCAGAAUCGCCACAAGAAACACCAUCUAAGAAACCACGGAAUGCGAGUGAUGCCCAGUCCAUUUCCCAGAAACCUGCCAGACCUUUCAGCAGAGUCCUCGCCGAGUACUGGCCUUCGGUAGGUCCCAGUCACUCCGCGAGUCACAUCAGGUAUCAAAGAAGAAUACAAGAGGCCCGCCUUGAAAAGGUAGAGGCUGAAGCAGAGGCUCAGCGCCGUCGGUACAACGACCAGCCAGAACUCCAGGUCUACGGCGCCGGUGUUGGAAUCACUCGCAGCCACAGUAACCGUCAACAGCUUCCCCUGACCCAGCCAGUCGAACAAACCCAGCCAGCUGGACAAACCAUGUCUUCGGACUUCUUCCCCGAGGAGUUCCUUGGAAUGACACUGGGGGACAUUGACCGCCUCAUGGAAGAAUUUAUCUGCUAUGAGCCUACUAUGAUGCCCGAAGAAAGCGAGCCCGAGCAACACGAGGAUGAGCAGCCCGAUGAGCAGCAAAGCUCCACUGAUAUCAGCUCCAUCACUGAGGUCUCCAUGGAUGAUGUGGUGCUGGUGCCGAUGGAUGGCUGUUCCUCUCCGCAGUAG